AUGGCAUCCUCAACACUUCGGACUGCUAUCAACAGUCGCCAAGUGUACGUUCGAAUGCAACCGGCUCCUCGUACUUUAUCCCAGAGCAGAGCGGUUUUGAAAUCAUUGCAACAGUUUGGGGAAGUAUCCUCAUUUCUUAAUACAAAGUAUUUCAAAAUUCGAACGUCGACAUCUGGGGGCACGGCAUUUGCGAUCUUUGAAUCGCCUGAAUCCGCCUCCAACGCUAUCAGGGCCUCGCCGUUGACGGUUCCUCUGUCUAACCCGAGGCCGAACACUUCCAACUCGCACAUCCAAGAACACCCAAGCUCCUCCAAUCCUACCGAGAAUGCCACGCUUCACCCGUCUAAUACAUCUAGCGAAGCCAUCGAAUGCACAAUUACAGAAUCAGAGUAUGACCACAAAGCAAACAUGAGAAAAAACCCGUAUAAUAUGGGGUUCCAAAUCUCAAGGCACUGGAUGGAGGUGCAGGAUUUAAUGCGCGCACCAGACAACAGAGUUCCUCUGGCUGAAUACGCGGAUUGUUUUACAAAACGGAAAUUUUCGAUGCCAUUUCGAGUUCAAGACCGGUACUUUGAAAACACGGUUAAGGCGGGAGGAACUUCGUUGAUGCAGAUGUGGAAGCAAGGAUUGGAGGAAGAAAAGAGGAAGAAGGAAGAAGAUGCCAAAUGCCUCGAUGCCGAACGCCCCCAACAAAAUACCGAUUCCGGAUGA